GGCUGUGCAUGUCUGUGGACGAUGUUGUGGUGUUUUUUCAACGGUCAUGUGGCGCUUUAUCAUUUUGCUUCAUCCCUUAACAACCAAACAUUAAUUCGUGUCCAGAUUUGUGUCUAGAGUAGUGGAUAUUGUCGAAUGAACAUAACCGACAAAGUAUAAGAUAUUGCUAACAGUUUGUUAUUUUACUUACCUUCAAGUAAUUUCUGUGGAAACCGAAGCGAUAAAUAUGUUUAAAGGCAAAACCGCAUGGUUCUCCAGCAGUGUUGAGAAGAGAAUACACAGCUUCUGGGUGUCUGAAGGGGGAGCUCUUUCUGAUUGGAGAACAGCAGAUUACCUCUUCAGCGAUGAUGCAUCUGACGAAGACACUAAAAGGAUUUAUGAGAGUGAGGACUAUGUAAAGAACAGGGCAACAGUUUUCCACAGUCACUUCCUGUCCACCUGUGCACUACGACAAAGUGUGAAAUCUGUGCCCAUAGGCCACUAUGUGCUGCCUCCUGUCUUCAUUCAGAAUGAACUGAGAGCACAACUGGGAAAGUUUAUUUGGGAGAAAGAUGAACAGGUAACGCGUGAACAACAAGUACAAGAAUCUGAAGAAGAAAACCUGUCUGAUGAGACUGAAGUAAACCUGUCUGAUGAGACUGAAGAUGGCAAUAGCAGCCAGGAGGAUCAACCAACUAUUGCUUCACCAAACAAUGUGUGCUUGUGCUGUAAGAUGCAGAAGUAUCCUGUGAAUAACAUCUCAGGAUAUGUUCAUAUUGACCAAAUGAAAAAGUAUUCAGGGGAACUUUAUGAUUUCCUUCCUUCUCUCCAUGGCCACACUGUUUCAAGAUCUUUUGAUUAGACCUAUGACCUUCAAACUUCCUUGCCAUGUUUGAUGUAUCAUUCUUCAUGCAAAUCUAUUUCUAUUUGUUUUAUAUACAUAUACAUAAACAAACGCUGAAAAUAACACUGAUGAAAGUUAAUGAUACUGGGUGUUGAUGUUAGUUAUAAUAUGCUUCUUGGGUGUUGCAUCAUACUUUUCCUAGCAAUAUGAAAUCCAAUCCCUGCAUGUGAAAAUAAAUAAGACAUAAUGUUAAAAAUAAAAUGCUUAAAAUAAUCUCUUAUGU